UGUCUUCCUGCUCUGAUAAGAGAGUCUGUCUCCUAGCACUCGUCCCCUCUCUCUCUCCAUCUGUCCCGUGAUCAGACAGACGGUCGGCAGCAUGUCGGACUCCAGCGCAGCUUCAGCACAGAGCCAAAGCAAAACCAAACCCUGCAAGAGAGGCAGUUUACACAGCAGGACCAGCCCGGAUCUGUGUGGCUUCGCUGACGCGAGGCCUUUGAUGUCCCAGCGCUCUCUGCCCGGCACACCAGUCACCCAAAAACACCUGCCUAUCGACCUGCGCACAUCCAUGGACGGCAAAUACAAGGAGAUCGCUGAGGAGCUGCUGGCGAGGAGUCUAACGGACAGCGACAUGCGUUGUGCUCCGUACGAGUUUCCUGAAGAGAGUCCUAUUGAACAGCUGGAGGAGAAACGCCACCGUUUGGAGCGACAGAUCAGUCAAGACGUCAAGCUUGAGCCUGAGAUUCUGCUGCGGGCGAAACAAGACUUCAUGAAAAUAGACAGCGCAACAGACCUGGAGUAUCUGAAGGACAGUCAUGUGGACCAGCUGUACAUGCAUCAUAUGGAGACACUUGUGGAGAAAAACUUCCAGCGCGUGUCCAUAUCAGGAGAGGAGAAGUGUGGGGUGCCCUUCACAGAUCUGGUGGACGCAGCGAAGUGUGUUGUGAAGGCCUUGUUCAUCAGAGAGAAGUACAUGGUGCAGUCUCUGCAGACCUUUUAUAAAACCACGGGACGAUCCCUGCAGGAGCUGAGCCAGAGACCGCUGGACGACGACAUGUACAAGGACCUUCUCGAGAGUCCCGGAGACUCAGACAUGUCCGUUCAUGCGCCGGUGUCAGAAACGAACCCAUACGAGGGACAGGACACGAAGAACCUGCCACCGGACGCCGGAUACAGCUGCAAGAUGGUGGACGGGGUCAUUCACGUCUACACCGAACAAAGCCCCAUGGACAAGAGCACCGAGCUGGACCUGCCGUAUCCAGACCUGCAGGAAUACAUCGCCGACAUGAACAUGAUGAUGGCGCUCAUCAUUAACGGCCCUGUGAAGUCGUUCUGUUACCGGCGGCUGCAGUAUCUGAGCUCUAAGUUUCAGAUGCACGUCCUGCUGAACGAGAUGAAGGAGCUCGCCGCGCAGAAGAAGGUGCCACACAGAGACUUCUACAACAUACGCAAGGUGGACACACACAUCCACGCCUCGUCCUGCAUGAACCAGAAGCACCUGCUGCGCUUCAUCAAGAGCUCGGUGAAGAAGUACCCGGACGAGAUCGUGCGCGUGCAGGACGGCCGAGGACAGACCAUGAUGGAGGUGUUCGAGAACAUGAACCUGACGGCGUACGACCUGAGUGUGGACACGCUGGAGAUGCACGCGGACAGGAACACCUUCCACCGCUUCGACAAGUUCAACUCUAAAUACAACCCCAUCGGAGAGUCCAUCUUCAGAGAGAUCUUCAUCAAGACAGACAACCAGAUCCAGGGGAAGUACUUCGGACACAUCGUCAAGGAAGUGAUGUCAGACCUGGAGGAGAGCAAGUAUCAGAACGCUGAGCUGCGUCUGUCCAUUUACGGCCGAUCCAUGGACGAGUGGGACAAACUGGCGCUGUGGGCCGUCUCUCACUCUGUCUACUCCGACAACGUGCGCUGGCUCGUGCAGAUCCCACGCCUCUUCGAUGUUUACCGCACUAAGCAGCAUCUGAGUAACUUCCAGCAGAUGCUGGAGAACAUCUUCCUGCCGCUGUUCGAGGUCACCAUCAAUCCCAGCAGCCACCCGCAGCUGCACCUGUUCCUGCAGCACGUGGUGGGAUUCGACAGCGUGGACGACGAGUCCAAACCGGAGAAUCACGUCUUCAACCUGGACAGUCCGUCUCCGGCGCGCUGGUGUGACAACGACAACCCGCCGUACUCGUACUACCUGUACUACAUGUACGUCAACAUGGCCGUGCUCAACCACCUGCGCAGGAGGCGGGGCUUCAACACCUUCGUGCUGCGACCUCACUGCGGGGAGGCGGGGCCUAUCCAUCACCUGGUGUCCGGAUUCAUGCUGUCAGAAAACAUCUCACACGGACUGCUGCUCAGGAAGGCUCCGGUCCUGCAGUAUCUGUAUUAUCUGGCUCAGGUGGGCAUCGCCAUGUCUCCACUCAGCAACAACAGUCUGUUUCUGAGUUACCAUCGCAACCCUCUGCCCGAGUAUCUUUCCCGCGGCCUGAUGGUGUCUCUGUCCACUGACGACCCGCUGCAGUUCCACUUCACUAAGGAGCCUCUGAUGGAGGAGUACAGCAUCGCCGCUCAGGUGUGGAAACUGAGCUCAUGUGACAUGUGUGAACUCGCCAGAAACAGUGUGUUAAUGAGCGGCUUCUCACACAAGAGUAAGAGUCAUUGGCUGGGUCCUGAUUACACUAAAGAGGGUCCCAUCAGUAAUGACAUCUGGCGCACAAACGUCCCAGACAUCCGCGUGGGGUAUCGAUACGAGACUCUGUGUGAAGAGCUGCACCUGAUCACACAGGCCAUCCGAACACAGGAGCUGGACAGAAUCGAGGAGGAGGACGGGCUGUCACUCACAUCCAGCCAAUCAACACACUAGAGAUGAGCCCUGACCCCACCCACACACCACCUGUCCAAUCAACACACUCGAGAUCUGAUCUGACCCCGCCCACACCCCACCUGUCCAAUCAACACGCUCAAGAUAAGAUCUGA